GCCCGACUUCGACGCGACACAAUCGCCUCCUCGUCUGUGCCCAUUCACCAUUGUGCCAUACAUUUAGCUAAUGUUCUAAUAGAACUUUGUGUUGAUUUACAAAUUCUAUAACGAAAUGUCUACUCUCAGUCAUCACCCGUACGCGUUUUCCAUGCACCCUGGCAUGCUGCCGGAGUACCCGAGCGCGCCGCAGCCGCUGCCGGCAUCCUCGCCUCAAUCGGAAGGACACAUCAAGCGGCCGAUGAACGCAUUCAUGGUUUGGUCAAGACUUCAGCGUCGUCAGAUUGCGAAAGACAACCCCAAGAUGCAUAAUUCGGAGAUAUCAAAACGUCUUGGAGCCGAAUGGAAGCUCUUGACUGAAAUGCAGAAGAGACCGUUUAUCGACGAAGCUAAGAGGCUUCGUGCAUUGCAUAUGAAGGAACAUCCGGACUACAAGUACAGACCACGCAGGAAGCCAAAGCCGCCCACACCAGGCUCUGCCCCAGGUGCUGGCGCUUUCCCAAGCUUCCCACUUCCUUACUUUGCUGGCCCAGCACCGUCAGUUGGCCAUUUGGAUGCUCUGUCAUAUCCUGCAGUACCUCCGUACUUCCCGCAUCAAUUGGACCAUUUACAGUUUUCAAAAUUAAUGGCGCCGACUGAAAAGUUACCGACGGCAUCGUCGGCUGCUGCUGUUGUGUCAUCGUUCUACUCAUCUCUGUACACGCAGCCUGCACCGCCGAAACCGUUCUCAUCACCGCUGUUUCAUCAAUACGGGGCAGCACCUUCCUCACCAGUGUCACCGCAGACUCCAACACAGCACAGCCCACACGACGACCAGCUAAGACGGCCUGUUUCCGUUAUAUAUUGAAGGCCAACUUGCCUUCCUUGAAGGACUCAAAUCUUUUAGGGUAUGGCAUCAGUGACAACGGUCUCAGUGUUUCGAGCACGGACGAUUAAAUUACAAAGACCUUAUUUAUUGUUGUCUAGAUUUACGCUUAGUUGAAAAUUGUAAAUCGAGUGUGUUUCAUAUCAAGUGGCUUGUAAAUAUGUUGAAAGUAAUACGAGCGAACUGAGUUGGCCGGUCUGAAGUUAGUCACGAUUUGUUGAGCAGAAAUCGUUUUCAAGCAGGCUGAAGUUGACAAGCAUAUUGCGUAACAAUUACAUAAAAAGUCGAUUAUCGUUAUUUUUUACUGUUUUACAUGCGCGAAUUCUCGCAAAGCCUGACUUCAGACCAGCCAACUUAGACUGCGCGUAUUGUAAUCGUAGACCCGUUAGUUGGGUAUCGGUUUUAAGUUUAUUGAACUGUGAUUUUUGUUUUCGACGCGCCUUCAGAUAUAUAAGUUUAGUAACGCUGUUUCGUUUCGUCAGUUAUGUGAAGUGAGAUCGGUACCAAAAAGAGAUUAUAGCAUGUAUCUACAUGUACACAAUUAGCUGUAGUUAAGGCUUGAUGGGGAUACAGAUUAUUUGAUUUCUCUCCAGUAUUAGUGUCUGUUAAGUUUGUGAAUCGUUAGUCACAGGAAUCUCUUCUUCGGUUAUUGUAAUUUAUUUAUUGCCAGUGUAGUUUUAACGGUGUAAUUGUAAAUUAGUUGACUAAAUUGUAAGCGGCUAGUGCAUACCAAUUGUAAAUAUUAGUUCGUAAUUCAAAAUCGAUGUCAUUACCAACGAUGUAUUAUAGAUUGAAAAAAAAAAAAGUGAAA